AAAAAGAAGAAGAAACUGUAAGAAACAGCACAGAGCCCAUUUUCAUUUGAGAGAGUAUAGAAGAAGAGUUCCGUCUAACCCAAUAUGUAAUUCUCAGAAAACUUCCACUACAAUCAGCGCGUUUCUCCCCCUCCGUCCACAAACACACAUCUCGUGUAACAACCACUAAGCAUCGAUGGAACAACCACCGAUGGAGAAAAAGGCACGCAAAAAGAUUGAAUGGUUUCUAUUUGGACGUCAAGUUUAUUCUGCUCAUAAGAAGUUGAACCCUGACUUAAGUAUCUCCAUCGGUGCCGUGAAGUUCGCGGCCAAUAUUUUAAACAACAUGCUGAAGAAGCUUACCGAGGAAGCUGUAAAGAUUGAAUCAAAUACUUUGGAUGUAAAGGAGAUGCAUGCCGUGGUUAAUCAAGUCUUUCCCGAAAAAAUGGCCAAACUAGCCCACCAACAUGGUUUAAAUGCUGUGCCUAAAGACGCGAAGAAGAUCAGAAGAACAAAGAAGCAGAAAGUUACCAGAAAUCCCAAACAAGUUGACCCACAACUCGCCCUCUCCAUCGAGAAUUUGCAAAAAAUCCAAGACGACCUUGCAGAGCUCAAUGACAAAAAAUAUGAUCAGCUACGUGAAAUUGAGCAGAAGUUAAAUGAGACUAUAGAUCCCGUUUACAUUAAGCGGGAUGAGAUGAUCAAAUCUAUUCCUAACUUCUGGUUGAAUGCUUUUUUGCGUCAUCCUACCCUCAAGAAAGUUAUGAAUGAGGAAGAUCAAAAGAUAUUCAAGUAUUUGAGUUCUCUUGAUAUUAGAGCUCAUAAGGAUAUCAAAUCUGCAUGCACAACAUUCACUCUUAAAUUCAAUCCCAAUCCCUAUUUUGAGGAUUCAAAACUUUCAAAGAUUUUUACCUACCUUCUAGAAGGAACAACGGAUCACCCCUUAAGAUGGAAAGUGGGCAACAUAACUGCUACCCCCAUAAGAUGGAAAGAGGUCAAGGGAAUACCUGAUGGCACUGAUCAUGAGGAGAAAGGGAACAAUCGGGCUCCUGUUGAUGUCAGGUUCCUUAGUUGGUUCUGUGACUGUGAGCAGAAAGAUGAUAUGGCUUACAUUGAUUACGCGGUUGCAAACAUAUUUGCAAAUCCACUUGCUUAUUUAAAAAAUGAGGAACCUGAUGUAAAAGAUGCUGAUGAUGAGGUAAUUGAAGUUCCAUUUUUCUUGGAAAAAAUAAAGGAAAAAGACGAGGAUGACUAUGAAGAAAAGGAUGACGAUAAGGGUGUUGAUGAGGAAGGCAAUUGAAAAUGUAUUGUGGUGGCGUGACCUGUUUAUUUUUUAUUUUCUGGUAUGAGUAUGUCUUAGGCUUUUGGGCGUUCA